AUGGCCGUCUGCCUCGCCAACCUCGUCGCCGCGCUGGUCGUGCUCCGCUCCCUCACCUCCUCCGCCCCCGCGCCCAAACAUGAGGCGCCCGCCCUCGCGACCCCUCGUCGUGCCCACGACUCUGGUGAUGUUGUAUUUCUUGAGACCUUUGAUGCAUAUGUUGUUGGCAAAGAAAACGCUCCUGGAGUUGUAGUACUGCAAGAGUGGUGGGGCAUUGAUUAUGAGGUCAAGAAUCAUGCCAUCCAUAUUUCCCAGAUCGAUGAUGGAUACAAGGCACUUAUUCGAGAUUUGUACCGUGGGAAGGUUGCUUUGGAGGUAGCUGAGGCACAACAUCUGAUGGAAGGACUAGACUGGCCGGGUGCAAUCAAGGAUAUUCAGGCUUCAGUUAAGUGGCUGAAGGAAAAUGGAUCACCCAAGGGUCCGAAGCUGCUGUAGGAGGCGGGGGCUGUCACUUUAGGAGCGCAUGAUUUAACUCCUCCAGCAACACCAAAUUUGACGAGGGAAUUCUAUGCACCAUUCUAGCGGCAUUACAUAGACCAUGACCCAGGGAACAGGCCAGUAUUAGUUUCAUUGUGCAUGCCUACAUUCAAUAGUAGCCACUAGGAUACUAGCACUUUUCACUAUGUUGAUUAAAACUAACAUUGGUUCAAGUAUUUUUCUCGAUUUUAUUAUGUUGCAAACAUCUUGUAGAUGCGCACGAGUUGAUAAUACAUUUCUAUAACACGAGAAAAUCAUACUGAUGCAA